UUUUAAACUAAAAAGAUACACUUUAUAGUUAAGGAAUUCACAAUGGGUGAGGUCGAUCUAGGUGAUGUUAACCCUGAAGUUCAAAAUGAAGGGGCCAAGUCGAAGAGUAAGACAAGGUCGUUCAGUUUGGGAGGUGACGACAUAAACUUUUGUCUCCUACAAAAGGCUGGAGCUGAGUUUUUGGGAACAAUGUUCCUAAUUAUCUUCUGCGUAGGAUCUGCUAACCACAGAGCUCUUGUGGCCCUUGGAUCGGCAAGUCCCGCCUACUAUCUGAGUAUCUCUCUUGCUUUUGGUCUUGGAAUCGGUGGGAUUAUCCAUAUCCUCUCGGGAACAAGCGGUGGUCAUGUAAACCCUGCUGUGAGUUUCGCUCUCUUCCUCGACAGAAGAAUCAGUCUCAUCGUCGCCAUUGUCUACAUUAUUGCUCAGUUCGCUGGCGGAUUCGCCGGGGCAGGUCUCCUUUACGCACUUGGAAACUUUGACGAUAUUGAGGGUGGUAUUGCUGGGGUCAAUGCUGUCGGUGUUGGUAUCAACUCUGGACAAGCGUUCUUCCUAGAGAUGUUUGGCACAAUGUUCCUGAUCCUGACUAUUCUCUCGACCAUCAAUGAACAGAAAGGACACGCCGCAUCUUACCUCCAACCCCUUUCAAUCGGCAUUGCCAUUCUUGUAAUGCACAUCUUCUUGAUUCCAUUCACCAACUGUGGCAUCAACCCCGUACGUGGAUCUGUCUGGAACAUUAUCACUGGGCAAGCUAACAGCGAAAUCCUGAUAUUCCUGUUCGCACCAUUGGUUGGCAGCAUUAUUUCCGUUCUUGUUCACAACAUCUUCUUUGUAAGUUACUAAAGAUCUGAAAUAAGAAACGAUGCACAAAGACAAAGGGUUAAUGAAUUAAUUAAUUAAUUACUUAAUGAAAUACUACCUUUCUGUUCUCAGAGAUGAAUAGCUGUGAACGUCCGUGGAAAGAUAGUAUAGUACUAGUAGUAGUAUGAACUUUUUACUGUUAAGGAAAAUGUAUGGCAAAAUUGUCACGACAAAUUCAACCUGUCAUUGCGUCAGAAUUAUAACAGUGCUCAUUUGAAGGCAAAUAUUUGAGCGGAGAUUUAAUUGAAUUUGAUGAUGACAGGUCGAAUUGUGGCACGUUUGCAAAAUUAUGAAUGAAUCUUUUGAAAAUUUUGAAAAUAUUAAACUUUUUUCUUUGCAUGUUAUGUAUGUACUUAAAAGUACAGAAUAACCAAAGUUAAGGGCGGCAUCUAUGUUUUGGUUUAUGUCGGUAAUGAUACUUUCAGAAUAGAAUUUGAACAGGACGUUGGAUCAAUAUUGUAUGGUAGGUAUUAAAUAUGGAUUCGAAUUUCUGAUUUUUACCAUGAUUUGAAUGGAAGGAUUUUAAAUCCUAGUUUUAUUAAAAUUCAUAUUGAAGGUUUAUCUCGAUUGUAACAGGACGAAUUAUUUCUUAUUUUGCAUUUCAAUUUCAUUUCAGUUUUUGUUGUUAAAACUCGAUGUAUAUAUAUUACUGUGCGAAUGUAGUAAAUUUCUAAUAGUGAAAUUAUGUUAUGAUAAUCAUCAAAA